CUCAGUGCAUUGGACAAGAAACUCGAGCCUCAUCACUGUCUCUGUGUGCUCAAUGUUGCAAGCAAGCAGGGUGACGGUGCCUUAGUGAAAAGGCACUCAAAGAAGCAUUACCAAAAUAAUUACAUUUGGAAACAGGCGACUGCGUUUACCGGUACCUUGCUAAAAUAGUAUUUUAUAUUAGUUUGAUAAUGUCGGUGGGCAUUCAAUCGGGAUUUUCAAGUGAAGAGGUUCUGAACGUUCGCUUCCCACUCCACCGGGCGUGCAGGGAUGGAGAUAUCGGUGCGUUGUGCUCGCUUCUUCAGUGCACCUCAAACCCGGCGGAUUUAGCCGUGGAGGACUCUUUCUAUGGCUGGACACCCAUACAUUGGGCUGCUCAUUUUGGAAAGUUGGAGUGUGUGAUGCGUCUGGUGCAGGUGGGCUGUGGGGUCAACGCGGUGACCACAAGGUUUGCUCAGACACCCACUCACAUCGCUGCGUUUGGGGGCCACCCAGAAUGCCUGCUGUGGCUGCUGCAAGCUGGCGCCGACAUCAACAGACAGGACUAUGUGGGUGAGACACCCAUCCAUAAGGCUGCCCGUGCAGGCAGUUUGGACUGUGUCAACGCUCUCCUGAUUCAGGGGGCGAAAGCUGAUAUGAGGAACGCUAGUGGGCUGUCCGCCGCUGACCUGGCCCAUGCCCAGGGGUUCCGCGAAUGUGCUGAGAUGCUCUCCAAUGCACAGAACCUGCAGCAGAACCUGACCCAGACCCAGCUUAACGGCUUCUGUCUGAACGGUACCACCCAGAACGGAGGCCACUCCCACCCUCUCAUCCUAGGGCGGAGCCUCCUUAACGGGGCACCCAAUAGAAAGAGAUCGUUUGAUAACAUGGAAGCCAAUCAAAUCAAGAAGGCCAGAACUGACGGUAUGGGCCUGCCGCUGGGGAUGCUGAAUGGGUCGGUCUGCGGCGUCGGAGAGUUCCUGAUGGAGAGCAUACACCAGGAGAGCAUGGAGUCAGCGCCACCGGCAGUGAGCUCAGGUGGGCCAGGACCCUUGGCGUUUGGGAUGAAUGGGUCUGCGCCGGUGCCAGGCCUGGUGGACCAGGGGGGAGUGGAGGUGUCCACACCGGCCCCUAAGGAGCUGGAGAUCUUCACUGUGGCCUCCAUGCAGAUCCCCUGUCGCUGCACUAACUCCUAUGCCUACCUGUAGAGACCUUAGAGUGCAUGUAUUGAGUUGAGUGUUGACCCUCCUAGUCAUUGUAUCUUGGUAGAAUGUCCAUCAGGCCCUCUCUGGCCAUGUUCUCUCACUGAUGGAAUUAAAUGUAGUGCCAUUGUUGGGUUCUUGGCAUGAUAAUUAUAUAUUUCCGGGUUCUAGAAAUAAAGGCAUAAAUAGUUAAUUUAUUGUAUUCUACAUACAUGUUAAGAAAACCAUUGCCUUGCUACUAUACUUAAUUGAUAGAGAAACAUUAGUUUUAUGUUUCGUUGUGUUUCGUUGUUAUACCAGGUUCUUUGAAUGAUCCACACAAUUAUUGUUGUGUUUUUGGCAAAGCCCCUUAGGAUGAGUGACUUGUGUUUUGCACAAUUAUCCCUCCACACCCUACAUUGCCCAAUGGUAACUGUAAUAAUGUUGUAAAAUUCUAAUCUACAUUCCUUUGAUGUAGAAACGCCCACACCUUGGGAACAACUUACUGAAACCAGCCUCACUUGGUUUCCAGAGAAGAAUAGGGAGAAGGUUAGACUUCGGUUAGUUCAAAUCCUAGAGGCUGCACUGAAGUUUCCCUCCGCAUCAUGACUAUGCAAUAGCGGAAUUCUGACCUUUACGAAGUUAGACCAGUGGUUCCCAACUGUUUUUUAACCGUGGCACACCUUGAUGGGAUAGCACUAUUAAUGUGUUUAGUGGUAAUGACCUCUUAUUUUAUCUGAUCCAUACAGAAAAUCUAUUUUCUGUGACAAACGUUUUUUAUACAUUAAAUAUGGUUUGUUUGAAAUAGUUCCUUACUCAUGAUUGUUAUUGUGUGUGUGUACUAGAGGUCUUCGUGAAUCCAGCUGGACACGAAUCCCCGAGACCAGAUCUGGGAUGCAAGCGUGUCCGGGUCGAGAAUUCUUAAUAAUAUCAAGGGUCUGGGUCGGCUCUGAUAUGAUUGCCUUGGGUAUGUGUAAUUUUUAACUGACUUGCUAGGACCCACAUACAAUCAAACACGAAUGCUGCAGUAGAGAGAGACAGAGAAGUUGUAUAAUUUUUGCUGCUGCUCUUUGUUUUUCAUGAGAGUGGUACGUGUAGCUUGUUGUUGGCCAAUCAUAAGAGCCAAUGUAUGCUUGGUCCGAAAAUGUGGUCAAGGCACCAUAUGGAUGGUGUGACACAUUUGCGGAGCCUCGGAGGGCACGCACAGGCCAAAUUGAGCUCUGUACCGCAUCGCCGUGCGCCACUCAAAAGCGGAGGUCUCCGUAUAGCUCCGCGUUGACUGAUUGGUUGACUGUAGGUGAGGGCGGGAGGUCCUGUAUAAACACAAACUGACUUCCUUGACAACUUCCUUCACUACAGCUCUGCGAGUUGUUUGUAACUGUAGAACGGGAAAGCGUAUGCAGCAUCAAAUAGUGUAGCUUGCGCUCUUAACUAGCUUCUCCCGGUUUGAUGCAGUCAAUAUAGGUACCCGUACUUAAUCAUAUAUGAUGUUAAAUAACCUAGCUAUGGCAGCGAUUAGUCUACUAUAGCUCAAGUCGGAUUGGUUGGUUGCGGUCUCUCCCGCCACUGUUCCUGUGUCGCUCAUUCACGCACACUCACAGUAGCCUACCACACAGCAUGGCCCCUGCUAUAGCGUCAUUACUCUCUACCUCUUUCCUUGCGCUUUAUCAGCUCCGGUUAAUAAAGCAGCUUAAAAAUGUACUUGUCUGUUGCUUCAGGACCGGGUCUGUAUCGAUCUGGUCUAUACCGAACGGGUCUAGUUGUCCUCGGUUCUGUUCAGAACGGGUCCCUAUAUAGUUUAUUAUUUAUUAUUAUUAUUUUAUUUAUGCAUAUCGGGUCCGGAUGGGAAACCCCAGGUCCAUUUUAGAAUGGAUCCAUCUUUUUUGACCCGUGAAGGCCUCUACCGGUUUAAGAGCGUCCCCGAAUCUGCACCAGAAAUAACAAAAUGUAGCACUGGUUAAAUAUGUAUUUGAGUUUUUAACGGUUUGCGCUACAAACAGGCGGGUUUCUCUGUUAUAAAGGUGCAACCAAGGACACAAAGCCAUGCUCUGUUUGUUUCUAUAGCACAGGCUGUGGUAUAGCUAAGCUCAGAGCCAUAUAGUAGGAAUUAAAUGACUCCGGCUAAGUUUAAUCAGACUUGCCUGUUUUAAUGGUUUUCACAGACUAAGUAAAGUGAUACAAAUUGUAUAACCGACACUAGUGCGCCAAAGUACAAAUUCCAUGUGCAUUCCACAGGUCCCGUUUUAUAAGUGCGUGUUAAACAUCGGUUGGGGGCCACUGAGUUAAGACAUACAGUACUGCAUUUAGUGGUAGUAAUGUUGUUGCACCACUUUGGCCAAUACGGGGAUAAAGACAUAAUUUGUCGAUCUCAUGUCAGAAUGAAGAGACUACUAGAGAAUGUUCCUGCCCUUAAAGUAAAAAUAAGGGAAAGCAUAUUUUGUUUGAUCUGCUUUUUCUUUUAUUCCCCCUGAGAAAAUCUACCUUUUUGGACAUUUCUGGUGGUGACUCUGUCUCAUAGCUAUUUUUUUAUACAAGAACUCCCUUGUUAUGCCAAAGCAUAUCUUUACGUUAAUGUUUAAAGUACAUACAUCUUUACUGUGCAGCUUUUCUGUAUUAUGUGAGCUUUUAGGUAUUUCCAAGGUGUGCUAUAUGGCCUGACCCUGUCCUAUUAGCUCGCAGACUGGUUGGAUUAGCCCCUCCUAGUGCCCUCAUCUUCUCUCAUUCUACUUUUCUAGGAAAGGACUUUGUACACUUUUCUGUAUAGCCUAUCUAUUGUGUCUGGUGUUGAAAAUGGUGUGAGUUUAUUUGGACUGUUUUUCUAAGUUUUUGCAGCAUUAUUUGGCUUGUGUUUUGUUGUAUUGCUUUGCUAACUAACUGCAGUAAUGACAAAAUGUAAACGUUGAUCUAUGACAAAUGAGCGUGAUUAGUAGUGCUACAAUUUUUAUAAAGCAAGGCAAAGCUACUCUUGCCUAAGGCAAUUUUUUAAGAAGGAAAAAUAGGAACCUUCAUAAAUGUAUUGGUCACAAACUUUAAAUCCCUCCCUACAUACAUCUGCUUCAUGACAAUUUUUCGGUCGAGCAAUCCGCUCAGCAGUACUAUUCAGUCUGUACAGAAUCACACAUGUUAAUGAGUAGAUGGCAUAUAUUGAUGCAAAUUAGAGCUGACGCUCAGUGUGGGGUAGUUUUGUACGGUUUAAACUCAUUAAAAGGUAAUUCUUUUGAAUAAAAUUAUGAUGGAGGG